AAGACGCGCGUGCGCACACACCCGUGUGCUAUACUGCUGCUAAGCGGAAGGAGCCAGCUGGGCAGGCGACGGCCAUUGCGGCUGGGCGAUGGCGGCAGCGGCCCCGGCCUUGGUGCUGAAGCACCGGCGCACCACCUUGGAGCGGGUGGAGAAGUUCCUGUCGUCCUGCUACUUCACUGACUGCAACCUGUGGGGCAGGCUCUAUGGAGACAGCUACCCAGUGACUUCACUGUCUUGCUUCUUGACUCCAGAACAUAUGCCAUAUGAAAAGGCCAUUCGACAGCACUUCCACCCAGUCAAAGUUGGUGAUACCUUUGGACCCACAUGGUGGACUUGCUGGUUCCGAGUAGAACUGACUAUCCCUAAAUCUUGGUUAGGUCAUGAAGUUCACUUUCGCUGGGAGAGUGAUGGAGAAGGCCUAUUGUGGAAGAAUGGGGAACCAGUCCAGGGUUUAACCAAAUCGGGUAAGAAGACCAGCUACGUCCUGACUGAAAAGCUGAAGGAAGGAGAUCUCUGGAGCCUGACACUGUAUGUUGAAGCUGCCUGCAGUGGCCUCCUUGGGGCUGGAAAAGGCAGCAUGAUUGACCCACCUGAUAGUGAGAAGACAUUCAGUGUGACCCGGGCUGACCUGGCAGUGUUCCACCGGGAUGUUUACGAACUGAUAAUAGACAUGGAGAUCCUCCUGGGCAUGGCCAAGUGCCUUGGGGAGGGCAACCAGCGAAGCUUCCAGGCUCUCUACACAGUCAACCAGAUGGUGAACGUGUGUGACCCAAAUGAUCCCGGUACCUUUUCGGCAGCCCGUACCCUGGCAUCGGGCCUCCUUCACCAGCGCAAUGGAGACAGCCAGCAUGUGAUCCAUGCCAUAGGGCACUGCCAUAUUGACUCAGCUUGGCUCUGGCCUUACAAGGAGACAAUCCGGAAAUGUGCUCGUAGCUGGUCAUCAGUCAUCCAACUCAUGGGGAAAAACCCACAGUUCACAUUUGCCUGCUCUCAGGCACAACAGUACGCGUGGGUGAAGAGGUACUACCCAAGCUUAUAUUCCCAGAUCAAGGAGUACGUCCACAUAGGACAGUUUAUUCCAGUGGGUGGCACUUGGGUUGAAAUGAGAACUGUGCUAGGUGUUAGGGGAGGUGUAAAGUUUGGAUUACACUUGGAGCAUCUAGCCCAGAAGGAUGGGAACCUUCCCAGUGGAGAAUCCAUGGUGAGACAGUUCCUUCAAGGACAGAAUUUCUUCCUUCAGGAAUUUGGGAAAAUGUGUUCUGAGUUCUGGCUUCCAGACACAUUUGGAUAUUCAGCCCAACUCCCCCAGAUCAUGCGUGGCUGUGGCAUCCAACGCUUUCUGACACAGAAGCUGAGUUGGAACUUGGUGAACUCCUUCCCUCAUCAUACCUUUUUCUGGAAAGGAAUUGAUGGCUCCCGAGUGUUGGCCCACUUUCCUCCUGGAGAAUCUUAUGGGAUGGAAGGCCAUGUAGAAGAGGUGCUGAAAACCAUGAACAACAACAAAGACAAGGGGAGGGUGAACCACAGUGCCUUCCUCUAUGGGUUCGGGGAUGGGGGUGGUGGCCCCACCCAGACCAUGGUAGACCGGCUGGAACGAAUGAAGGAUACAGAUGGACUGCCCAGGGUGUAUUUCUCUUCCCCAGAACAGUUUUUCUCAUUACUGGAGAGGAACUCAGGGCAGUUUUGUACCUGGUAUGGGGAAUUGUUCCUGGAACUUCACAAUGGCACCUAUACCACUCAAGCCCAAAUCAAGAAGGAGAACCGGGACUGUGAACAGAUCCUGCAUGAUGUAGAAUUCUUGAGCUGCCUGGCCUUGGCCCGCAGUCGAACUUUCCAGUAUCCUGCUACUGAGUUACAGCGCCUCUGGAGGCUUUUGCUCCUAAACCAGUUCCAUGAUGUGCUUCCCGGAAGCUGUAUCCAGCAGGUGGUGGAUGAUGCUCUGAAAUACUAUAGAGAGAUUCGAAGAAAUGGUGCCCACCUUCUGAAUGCUGCAAUUAGGUCCCUGGGUGGAAGAAGGUCAUCAUCUCGAGAUCUGAGCUUUUCACACAACUUAUUCGUCUUUAACACACUGUCCUGGGAUCGCACAGAGGUGGUGGCCCUGCCAGGAGUGAAUGAAAUCGAAAACCUGGUCCUGGUGACAGUGCCUAGUAUGGGGUACACCCGGGCCCCACCUCCUGGCCCGCCUCCUCGUGCUGUCAGAGUGGUGCAGGAGAAUGACGGCUCCGUGACCCUGGAUAAUGGCAUUAUCCGAGCACACCUGGACUCAAUGGGCCAUUUAAACUCCUUGGUUUUGAUCUCCUCAGAUAGGGAAACAAUCCCCCGUGGUGUCUUUGGCAACCAGUUUGUGAUGUUUGAUGAUGUUCCCUUGUACUGGGAUGCCUGGGAUGUGAUGGAUUACCAUCUGGAGACCCGGAAGCCAGUCACAAAGCUUGACCAAGCUCUUGAGGUAGGAAUUCCAGGAGGCCUUCGAGGCAGUGUCCACUUCUCCUUGCAACUCAGUAACCGAAGCAUUCUAACCCAGGAAAUUGUGCUGGAUGCUGCCUGUCCAUAUCUCAAGUUUCACACUGAGGUAGACUGGUAUGAGUCACACAAGUUCUUAAAGGUAGAAUUCCCUGCCUGGGCCCAGACCUCCAAUGCCACCUAUGAAAUCCAGUUUGGCCACAUACAGAGACCUACACAUUACAACACCUCCUGGGAUUGGGCUCGAUUUGAGGUGUGGGGCCAUCGAUGGAUGGACCUGUCAGAACAUGGCUUUGGGAUGGCACUUCUUAACAACAGCAAGUAUGGGUGCUCGGUUCGGAACAACAUACUCAGCCUCUCCCUCUUACGGGCACCCAAGUCCCCUGAUGCCACUGCAGACAUGGGGCAUCAUCAUUUCACCUAUGCAAUAAUGCCACACAUGGGAACACUCCAGGAUUCUGGAGUCAUCCAGGCUGCCUACAACCUCAAUUUCCCCCUACACGUUUUACCCUUUGAAGCCGCCAUCUACCGGCCCUGGAGUGCUUUCUCAGUGUCAUCAUCUGCUGUAGUGCUAGAAACUGUUAAACAGGCAAAGGCUGGACCCCACCCUUAUACCCUGGUCCUGAGACUGUAUGAGUCACAUGGCAGCCAUGUAGACUUAUGGCUCCAGUCAGCCCUUCCAGUACAGGAAGCUAUCAUUUGUGAUCUUCUGGAACGUCCUGACCACCGGCAGCACUUGACUUUAGAGGGCUCCCGAGUAAAGCUUUCCUUCUCGCCCUUUCAAGUGGUUUCUCUACUCCUUAUAUUGCGGCCCCCACUCCUCUGAUCAAGAGAUAGGACCAGCCCGGUGGACCUCAUCACCCUGCAAUCUCUGGCCUGGGAGGGAGUCCCCACCAGGGUUCUAACCACCUCCAUCUUGGUCCCAUCCAAGUAUCAGGCUCCCGGGCUCCUCUGCCCUAAUACAUUUGCAGUUGGGGGGGAGGGGGAGCAAUACUGUUCACCAGGGCCAGGAGGGAGGCCAGAAAUACCCUCUUGUCUAGCUCCUGGGGCAGUGCCACGGUGCACGUCUGCAGAGGAGGGGUGGAGGGAAUGGGACGGGGUGUAGCUCUGACUCUUCCAUUCAGCUUCUGCUCUUCCUGAGGAACUCCAAGGAGCCAUGGGGCAAGAGUAAACUCACCCCUUGCCUACAUCUCAAAGGCAUUCCUUGGUCUCCUUUGUACUUUCCUUCCUUUAGACUGAUGGCCCUAAUAGCUGGUUUCUGAUAUACUGGAUAGUGGGCACGUCUCAAUCAACCCAAUAAAUGUUUUCAUUAGCCAUCCCCA